CUAUUUAAAUAAACCCAGAGUCCGAGUGGUUCAGUCAAGAACACAAUUCCGUGGUGUAAACAGCAAGUGCUUUAUCGCUAAUAUAAAAUACUUUUUACGGUCCCUCCUAUUCCAAUACCGCUGUCCCUGGGUCUCUAUAAAUAAUCGUGAAGAAUAUAAAAUUUUUUCUCCACCGAGACAAGUGUCUUAAAGAAGAAAUUCUCUCUUUUAUAAUAUAUUUUCGGUGAAAUAAAAACCCAACAAAGGGGAAAGUACAAAAAGUUCCUGCGACAAGUUCUUCUUUCUUACAUUAGUGUGAAGUUUUCUAUAAAAGAAUUUAACAGAAGAAAAUGGCUGAGGGCAAUAAAUGCAACAUCCCAAUAAAAUUGGGCGACUUCAGUGUCAUCGAUACGGAAUUUGCCUCCAUUCGUGAGCGUUUUGAUGCUGAAAUGCGCAAAAUGGAAGAGGAAAUGGCUAAAUUCAGAUCUGAAUUAAUGAACCGCGAAGCCAAUUUCUUUGAAACAUCAUCAAGCUCCACAAGCACACAGAGUAAUGCAGGAAAUACGGCUCUGUCUCAGAGGCCGAAGCAAAACUACGUGAGCGACAUAAAUUCUCCAUUAAUUCAGGAAGACGGUGACAAUAAGGUGCUGAAGUUGCGAUUUGAUGUUAGCCAGUAUACCCCAGAGGAGAUUGUCGUGAAGACCAUUGACAACAAAUUGCUCGUGCAUGCAAAACACGAAGAAAAAUCCGACACAAAAAGCGUCUACCGCGAGUACAAUCGUGAAUUCCUGCUACCGAAAGGUGUUGCCCCAGAAUCCAUUAGAUCAUCCCUCAGCAAAGAUGGUGUUCUCACCGUGGAUGCCCCACUGCCGCCAUCACUCACAGCUGCUGAGACCCUCAUCCCCAUUGCCCAUCACUAAGAUAUUUUCUUUUCUGGCUGGAUGAUACUCAUGCUUGGAUGCUCUUCUUUUUUAUUUGGAGCUUAAUUUAAUUUAAAAACAAAAUGAAGAAAAACAAAUCCAUGAAACUGUCUGUCACUCUAAAUUUUACAAAUUUUAUUAAUAUUGUGUAAUUCUGAAUGUCGAUAAAAGAAUAGUUUUUAAAUUAUAGCUUCACAAAAUA